GAAGUGAUCCGACCCGGUGAAGAAAGGUGGAUUGUGUAGAAUACAAAAACCCUAAAACGAAGUGAGAAGAGAACCAUAUCUCUCUCCGCCGCUCGCAUAUCACUAUCUUAAUCGAAGUAGAGCGGCACAAUCAACUAAGCCAUGGCUCUCAUCCUGCAUACUGGUGAAGGCAACAAAAAUGCUUACAAGGCACUCAUUGCUGCCGAGUAUGCUUCUGUCCAAGUCCAGUACACCCCUAACUUUGAAUUUGGUGUCUCCAAUAAAACACCUCAAUUCCUCAAAAUGAAUCCUCUCGGCAAGGUUCCCGUUUUGGAAACCCCUCACGGCCCUGUCUUCGAGAGCAACGCUAUUGCUCGUUAUGUUGCUCGAUCCAAGGAUGACAACACUCUCUAUGGAUCUUCUCUCAUCGAAUAUGCUCAAGUUGAACAAUGGAUUGAUUUUUCAUCAUUGGAAGUUGAUUCCAACAUUCUUAGGUGGUACUACCCUAGAUUGGGAUAUGGACCAUACCUUCCUCCGGCCGAGGAGAGUGCAAUUACUGGACUCAAGAGAGCUUUGACUGCUUUGAACACUCACCUUGCCUCCAACACUUACCUGGUUGGCCAUUCUGUCACCCUCGCUGACAUCAUUAUGAUAAGCAAUUUGUAUUUUGGUUUCACCAAAAUCUUGGUCAAGACCUUCACCUCUGAGUAUCCUCAUGUCGAGAGGUACUUCUGGACCUUGGUCAACCAGCCAAACUUCCGCAAGAUUUUAGGCCAGGUCAAGCAGGCUGAAGCUGUACCACCGGUUCAAUCUGCAAAGAAGCCUGCCCAGGCAAAGGACUCUAAGCCCAAGGACGAACCAAAGAAGGAGGCCAAGAAGGUUGCAGAAAAGCCCAAAGAAGCAGAGGCUGAAGAGGAGGCUCCCAAGCCCAAACCCAAGAAUCCACUUGAUCUUCUUCCUCCUAGUAAGAUGGUACUGGAUGAAUGGAAAAGACUUUACUCAAACACUAAAUCCAACUUCAGGGAGGUUGCAAUCAAAGGAUUUUGGGAUAUGUAUGAUCCUGAAGGAUACUCUCUCUGGUUCUGUGAUUACAAAUACCAAGAUGAGAACACUGUUUCCUUUGUGACUUUGAACAAGGUCGGUGGAUUUCUUCAGAGGAUGGAUUUGGCCCGCAAGUAUGCAUUUGGAAAGAUGCUUAUCAUUGGAUCUGAGCCACCUUUUAAGGUGAAGGGAUUGUGGUUGUUCCGUGGGCAAGAAAUCCCAAAAUUUGUGAUGGAAGAAUGCUAUGACAUGGAGCUGUAUGAGUGGACUAAGGUGGACAUAUCAGACGAAGCUCAGAAGGAGCGUGUGAGUCAGAUGAUUGAAGAUUUUGAACCUUUUGAGGGAGAGUCUCUUUUGGAUGCCAAGUGCUUCAAGUGAAAAUUUAUUUUAUGCAAGGUUAUUAUGCUUGUCUUUGUUUUUUGGUAUAGUUUAGUUUCUUUGCUAUCUCAGUUUCAGGGAAGUUCAAGCCGAUACUUGAUUUGAGACAUUUAAGCCUUAGUGCUUGAUUUUUCCACCAUAGUUUUCAUUUUUGCAAGGCAAGACUAGUAGUAAUAUCUUUUUUCAGUAUGUAUGAAAAAUUGUGGAUUCAGUGUUA